UUAAAACGGAGCGAGCAUAGCCUGCGUUAGCGCAUGUUGUUGUUUAUUAUGUAGGGAUACAGGGUGCGUGUACUCUUGAUAGUUAACUGUGCUUCUGUCGUAAUGUUCGCGUUAAUGGGAGAGCUAAAUCUCUGGACCUUCGACGACAAUGUAAACAUAAGAGACACGGAUUUCGGUGCAUUCAAGUAUCAUGACAAACGAAUUAAUAGCACGCAUCAAGAAGGUAAAAGAUCCUACUGUGAAAAGCGUGAUAUGAUUUAUGUGCCAGUCAACAAGAAGGGAAAUAGAUUGAAGGAUUACAUCAAGUACUUGGAAGAUCAACUCAGGGACAAUUCUAUAAUUUAUUGUCAAUGGUACAGUGAUCGAAUCGCACAACUAAUGUUCAGCAACGGUUUAUUGGCGCAUAUACAAAUUUAUCCCUUCAGUGGUGACAUAGAGAAAAUUAAUUUUGACAAAUAUCUCGUAGGAAAAUUGUCAGAGCAUGCAUCAGACGUGAUAAUUACUAAAAGUCAUAUAGUUUGUACAUACAAUGAUAAUGAAGUAACAGUAGUAUAUUUGACAAAACCAAAAAGUCAUGUGUUUGACAAUAUCAACAAGCUAGAGCCUAAAUUGAGCACAACAGAUAUAUUUGUGCCCAAUGGACGUAAGUUGGAUAAGAAAGUUCAAGUAAACAAGUCAGAAGAUCUGAUAUUAAUUUGGUGGAAAUCCACAAUGAACGAAGUUUACCCGUGGAGUCCUGCUAUGAGAGAGUAUCAUCGUGCAAAUAUGCAUCUCUUUCGCCUCACAGGAACGAAAUUAGAAUCGUUGUGUUACAUACGCACUGAGUUUGAUCCCUUGUGUAUUACGUUUGAUGCAUGUGACGACAAUAUUAUUCAUUCGGUAGAGCAGAAAGUCUCGAGAAAGGGAGAAGUCACCGUAGAAUGGCGCACUUACGAGGUCUCUCAGCAGAACAAAUUACAGAGGAUCGCCGUGAUUUCCGUACCGUUGCCGACACACACGAGUUGCGUAAAAUUCUCGCCCAAUCAGGAAUUGUUGUUACUGUGUUGCAUCGACGGCACCAUCACGAUGUACGAUCCGACGAAGGCGAUGACCACGAGCGCGCGAGCAGCUUUCAUACCGACUUUAGCCGCUUGGCAUGGCGACGGCAUGAUAUUCGUGCUGGGCAAUGACAGGGGCCAGUUGCAGCACUUCAACAUCGCUCUGCAAUGUAUCAAGAGCCAGACGUUGAGUGACGAGGCGACGCCCGCCAACAUCCUCGACCUGUCGCCGUAUUUCAGAAACCAGCCCGCUUUGAUACACAUGGAGUGGAACAAAAAGAACAAUCCGAAUUACAUCGGCUUCUACAACAACGGCAAUUCUUUGUUCCUGUUGCUGUUCGAACGAGGACCGAUUGGUGUUCUCAAGGUGGUCGAAGGUGACAGCCUUACUGGCGAUGAACUAGUCCGAAGAUACUUGUCCGGCUGUCAAAUUAAGCAGGCGACUUACUUACUGCUGUCGAUGAACUGGGAUACGCAUCCACGCGCGUGCAUGCACUCACUCAAUCAGAUCUUAAAUUAUUUAUUCAAGUUACCGCUAACAACGAAUCACGACGGUCUGAUCCAAAACGCGCUAGGCAGCUUCCAUGUGCCCGCUAGGCCAAUAAGCCAGGCUGUCGAGGAGGAAUAUGGAAAUGAAGUACGGGACUUGACGAGACGAUACUUUCAUCGUUUGCUGAGGUACAGAAUGUUUGAGAAGGCCUUCAGACUGGCUAUCGAUCUAAACGAUCACGAUCUCUUCAUGGACAUACAUUUCUCCGCCGUGGCGUUGAACGAUACGGAACUGGCGAUCGCGGCCAAGGAGAGGGCCGAGAGUAUCUUGAGCAGAUCGAAUAGCCGUAGAAGCUCGCAUUCGACUUGCUCGAGAGCGUCGUGUUCCUUAUGCUCCGAUUCGAGCGACGAGAAGAACGAAGAGGUGGAAGAAGAAGAGGAGGAAGAAGAAACGUACAGCGAAGAAAGCGGCGAUUCUCGGAAGCAAGAACGGGCCAGUCUGGAACAGUCCAAAAGACACCACUACAGAAAAGCCGUCAACAGUCAAAUCCCACCUUUGCCGGUCGUCUAUCCGCAUCGCGAUCUCGAGAACACACUCCCUGGAUCCUACACCGACAUCCCAUCCAGCAACAAAAACGAUUACAAUCUGAUGGCUCCAUCUUUCGACGCUUCCAACAGCGGCAUUCUGACGACGGCAUCGUUCAACCACUCGUCACCGAUGUCGAUUUCCAGCUCGUUUCUCGCGUCGACUUCCUUCAACAAGCCGUUGUACAAGCCACACUCCAACUUCACCAACACGGCCAACACGGUGAACAUCAUCGACAGCUCCUCGGCUUUCAACAACGCGUCGGACGACCUGAUGACCACGUCGUUCGGCAGUCUGUCUCUCACCGAGUCAGAGGUGAUGGUCGACAAUCAGCCUGUCGAAGCCUUCGGUGAGAUAUCGUACGAUAAGCAAUCGUUGCUCAACGACGUACCGUAUUCCUUUAACGGCGCUCCUGCCAGCAUGAUGACCACUGCCUGUGCACAAGAGGACAGCUUUGUCUCGACCGCGUUCAACAAGCCAGUGUACAAGUCCGAGGAUGCUCGAGCCGAUUAUUCAGCAAGUUCCUUGGACGCUGUCGACAGUAACAUCAUGUCGACGUCGUUCAGCACUCGCGUCCCGAGCACUCUUAUCUCUCACAGUAAUCCCUUCAACGUGCUCACGACGAACAGCAAGUCCGAGACAACGUCCUCCGUGUCGCGGAACGUAAAGUCCUCUGAAAUGCCGGACAGUCCAUUAUCGAGGACUCUCAGCGAAGCUCUCGCCACGAACAAGUCGUCGUCCUCGACGUCGUCAAUUCUGUACGGUACCUGCAACAACCUGAUGUCUACCUCAUUCAACUAUUCCGAGGCCGACGAGACGGCCAUAAGCGACACGUACAUCGACGCGUUCAAUAACGGUAACGAUCAAACGAUCACACUGCAACAUCCUAUAACCGAGAAGAAAGAGACAAUCUUCAACAUUCCGCCGCCGCCACCCUCGCUGACGAGCUCUCGCGCCAAUUACCUGCGCGGUCUACCGAGGAAAAAUUAUUCCUUGUCCAGGAGUAACCCGGGCCUAACGAGUGACCUCGACGAGUCCGUUCACAAGUUUUCAUCGUACAAGGCAACGCACAUGUCAUCGCCGUCGCGCAUUCUCCAGAGGCAGAAUUCCGCGUCCAACAUCGCACAGAGCCAAAAGACGUCCUCCAAGAUCUACAGAUACAACUACGAUCUGGACUAUGUGUCUUUUCACCACGGUGCCGUCUGUGAUGAUGCGGAUCCACAACGUUCGCCGCAGACGGUUGCAACCGGCAGCAGGAAGUUCGACCCUCUGCAGAACUUCCAGCCCAGCUACAGUGUGCAACGUAGACUGCUUGAGAGCAGGCACCUGACGAGAUCCUCGCAAAGCAACGUGAACGUUAACACGAAUAAAGAGGCCAAGAUAUCCUGCAACGUGCCGCCUUUGCCGGUGAUCAACGUAUCCACCGCAAACUCGAAGAUCUAUGCAUGUACGCCGUUUGGUUGCGACGUGCCGAUGAAUUCCAACGAGAAGCCCAAGGUCAAGUUCUCAGAUACUGUCACUCACAUCUUAGUGCCUCCUGGCGCGGGUCAAGUACACAGACAAAAACGACCACCGCAAGUGCACUUGACAGAUCAUAAACGUGAAUUAGCUGAGAGUCUUCCACUGGGUCUGAGUAAUGAGGAUUACUCAAAAAAUCUCUCAUCAUUGUCUAAGGACGACACGGAUGAGAAAGUGAGGGAGACUCCCAAAUCUGACGACAGUACAAAGAUCAAAGUCGUGCAUUUUGGUCUGUUAUAACACCAAGAUGUCAAGAGAUAUAAUAAGACUGCAUCAUAAAAUAAUUUGUACGAAUAUUUUUGUAACUCCUCUAUGCACAUAUUUUAUAAUCUCUCUGCAAAAUUAAUAAAAAAAGAAAUGAAUUUCUUUC